GGGUCGGCCUGCUCGGCUCUCCACCGCACGUCUCUCCCUCUUUCCAACAUUUUAACAGUUAAAAUCUCAAAGAAACCUGGCUUAACAAGCCACUGAAGGGAAACUGAAACCCCGAAGAGCGACUCCAACACAAAGACAAACAGGAAGAACUGAAGAACUGCUCGGUGGAUUUUUUUUUUUGUCCGUUUUCUCCCGUGGGGAAGUUUUAGUGUAUUUUUAGACCGGCUGUGAUCCAGCUUAAAGACAAUUGUUGUGUGCUUUUUGGUGCUGGAUUUGAGUGUUUCCUUUUAUCGUCUUUUCUCACAAUCAACUGGGGCCAAAAAGGAUUUAACAAAGGAGUUACAUGAGUGUUUCUAUGGUAACGCUGCGUUCCCAGAGCCUUUGAAGGACUGAAGGUUAUCAGUGAACAUCCAGCCACCCUAAAGACUGAGAUCUCUUCAACAAUGGGCGUUCAGAGCAACGGCGGCGAGGCGGUCCCCGCGUCUCGACCCAGUCAGAGGACGUUCCUGGACGACAUGAUCGUAACCUUUAGCUCCCCGAUGGCCUGGCUGCUGGUUGUCGCACUGAUCAUCACCUGGUCAGGAGUGGCUAUUGUUUUGUUUGAUCUGCUUGAUUAUAAGACUCUAGCAGACUACACGUCAUACUGUGACGACCCCGUGUGUUUAUAUCCUGGUCUCGAUCCUCCUCCUUCCAUUGCCAAGAGAGGUUUAAAGGCUAGAGGCAUCCGCCCGAUAAAGUCGAGCUCUGCCAGAGCCGCUGCUCCCGUCUCGGCUCCGGAGAGCUCCGACUGGCUGGAGAUGCUGUGGUCCUUUGCAGCCAGCCUGGUCGCUCCUGAUGAGGAGGAGGAAGGUAUUCACCAGCUAACCGAAACCCUCACAUCUUUCCAUUCAGAGGAGCUCUGAGGAGAAGAUGUGAAGAGAGGACGAGCGUGCACGAGAACAAAGCGCUGGAGAGAGGCUUAAAGAAGGGUUGAGAAACUGAAGAGAGGAUGUAAAGCAACAGAAAGUGAACCGUAACCCAGUGAUGCUCUGCUUUGUUUGUUUUUUUCUCCCUGUUGUGAAUUUGAUGAAUUAAAAACUCAGACACUGAA